AGAGUUUCAAUGCAAAACUAAGUGAUGUAACAAACAUUGGUUAUUUGUUGAAUUUGUUGAAUUAAAAGUUGUGGAAUUAAAAUUUGUUUAAAAAGUUUAAACAAAGCGGACUAAGACUUUCCACGGAUAACAAGUCCAAAAAAGUAACGGAAUUCGCGAUAAUACGCGCUAUGAUUAUUUUAACAUUUGGAAGUUUUAUAUAAGACUUGUUAAUGGCUUCAUCUGUUCUGGUUUUUGGUUCAUCACAGGUGACUGGAGUUAUCAAUGAAAUUCUACCGUCAAUAAGUUCCAUAAAAUCUUGUUUUUGUAACAAAAAAAUACCAAAAACUUGUAAGCUUAAAGAAAACAAGUACAAUGGGGAAUUUAUCACUUCAAAAACAAUAAAUAUCAAAAAAAGAGAGUCUGGUUUAAAAAAUUUUCAUGAAUUGGGUUUGCAUUAUCUACCUUCUGACUGGAUAAAUUUUAUUCAAGUUCCAAAUUCAAAAUGGUCUUCUGAAUUUCUUUUAUUAAAAAACUCUUCAAAUCAUUGGAAUGUUUCUCACAUAUCAAACAACACUUUCUUUGAAAACAAACAUGGCUUACUUGCAAAAAGAAGCUUUUAUGGUAUUUUAAGUCGACAUUAUUCUACAACCAGUAAAGCUAUACAUAAUGUUUCAAAAAGAUAUAAGAGCACUAAUCGACUAUCAAAAAACCAGAUUUUGUUUCUUGAAUAUCUUGCGAAUCAACAACCCUCAAAUGCUAAUGCUCAAGCUGAGUAUUUAAAGGCUGUUGUAAACGAGGAUCCGGAAUAUGUUAUUAAAAGAAUUGCAAGCAAUAACUUUGCAACAAAUGAAGAUGUAAAAGCUAUACAUAUUAAAGCACUAAUUCUUACUGAUCAACUUUCUCCUGAAGAAUUAAAACGAAAACUUUCCAACAAUGCAAUAAAUAAUUCUACUGGGGUAGAACAAAAUCCAAUGCAUGUUGUUGUUGUAGAUGACAAGAAGAAUACUUAUAAGAAAUAUAAAUCGAUGUAUAACAUGUUUAUGUUUGCAAUGACUCUUUCUUUAAUGUAUCUUAUUUUUACUCGUUUCAUAAAAAUGCCGAGUCUUUUUAAUAGCAAAGAAUUCCUUCCAGACCUAUCAGAAAAAACAGUUAAGUUUGAAGAUGUUGAAGGUUGCGACGAAGCUAAGGAAGAGUUGGAAGAAGUUGUUGAGUUUUUAAAGAACCCAGAGAAGUUUCAAAAACUUGGUGCUAAGUUACCAGGUGGUGUUUUAUUGAUUGGUCCUCCUGGUACCGGAAAAACAUUAUUAGCACGGGCUAUAGCAGGGGAAGCAGAUGUUCCUUUUUUUUUUGCAUCAGGGUCUGAGUUUGAUGAAAUGUUUGUUGGAGUUGGUGCUGCUCGAAUCAGAAAAUUGUUUGCAUCAGCAAAAGAACAUGCUCCAUCUAUAAUUUUUAUGGAUGAAUUGGAUGCAAUUGGAGGUAAACGUAAUGCGAAUGAUAGUCAACCAUACUCCAGAAUGACACUUAAUCAACUUCUAGUUGAGUUAGAUGGAUUUACUCAAAAUGAAGGAGUGAUAGUGAUUGGUGCAACAAACUUUCCAGAAAUUCUUGAUAAAGCUUUGACAAGACCUGGUCGAUUUGAUAGCAAAGUUCAUGUUGCAAUGCCUGAUGUCAGAGGAAGAAAAAAUAUCCUUCAACUUUAUUUAAAGAAAGUUCCAUGUGCAAAAGAUAUUGAUGCUGAGGUGCUAGCAAGAGGAUCUCCAGGGUUUUCAGGUGCUGAUUUAAACAACUUAGUAAAUCAAGCAGCUUUACGAGCAGCUGCACAAGGUUGUGAAGAAAUAACUAUGGAACAUAUUGAGUGGGCAAAAGAUAAAAUUAUGAUGGGUCCUGAAAGGCGAAGCGCUGUAAUUGCUGAAAAAAAUAGAAAUUUAGUUGCAUAUCAUGAGGGUGGUCAUGCAAUUGUUGCUUUAUUUACACCAGAUGCAGAACCUGUUCACAAAGCUACUGUUAUGCCUCGUGGUUCUGCACUGGGUUAUGUAAUGCAGCUUCCUGAGAAAGAUGAUUUAUCAUGGACCAAAAAACAGUUACUUGCUAAGAUUGAUGUAUGUAUGGGAGGGCGUGUUGCUGAAGAAAUUAUUUUUGGAGAGGAUGCCAUUACUACAGGAGCGUCAAGUGACAUGCAACAAGCAACACGAAUUGCACGAGCAAUGGUAACACAGUAUGGAAUGAGUGAAAAGAUUGGAACAGUAUUAAUAGACGAAGAACAGGAGAAAUUAAGUCCAGAACUUCAAUCUCUUAUUGAAAGUGAAGUUAAGCGACUGAUACAGGAAUCUUACAAUCGAGCAAAAAAUAUUUUAACAAAAUAUGCAAAGGAACAUAAAAGACUCGCUGAAGGACUUCUCAAAUAUGAAACUUUAAAUGCAGAAGAAAUCAAUUUAAUCAUAAAAGGAAAACCUAUUCAAGGAAAAUAAAACGAAAAUUUAAACGCAGAAAAAGUAAAUCUGAUCAUUAAAAAAAACUUAUUCUAAAAAAAUAUUUCAGUAAAUAAUUUAAAUCGACUAAAACAGUUAUUUCUUAAAAA